ACUUAACAGUUUACUGUUUAGUUUAUAGUUUAUAAUUUUUAUAUUACAAAAUAAUUGUCGAUUAUACCCGAUGCCGCAUGCAAUAUACUUAAGUCUUAAACGGUUUCGGAUGUAUUAAUAAUUAUUAUUCGGCAACUACAAAUACCUAAAAAAAAGUAUUUUCGAAUGACGAUUACCCGAUCGAUUUACUUCACAGUGACUAAGUGUAAUUGAAUUCAACCUCAAAGGCAUAUUCUUAUAAUGUAUUGUAACAUUGGAGUGUGACAUUUUUUGUUUACAAAUGAACGAUAAUCAGUCGGAUAAUUUGAAUUGUUGUGAGUACAUUAACAUGCAUGAAGAAAAGUCUACUAUAGUAUCAGACAUUUGUAUCUGUCCACCAUGUGGUAACUGCUGUUCAACUAUUUUCAGAUGUCCACCAUCUAAGAAAAUAGAAAUUAAUGUUAUCGUUGCCAACAUCCAAGAUCGUUUUAGAAUACCGUGGCAUGGUGGAGCGCGACAAAUAUCUUUAGACUCUGCUGUUCCGUUAAUUAUUUUCCCAGCCGCUUUGUACAUUGCUGCUCAAGGAUUUUGGCCUACAAUAAUUUUGUUCCCAUUGGUUACAUUGUUUCUGUAUUUCGUUCACCGGACUGUUCGAAAAUUUAGAGUGCCUACGAAAUUUUUCUACGUGUGGACACUGACUUCGGCAUUUUUAGUGUUUAUAAUAUUCCAGUUAAUGGUCGUACCAAUGUUGGACAUUAACAACAACGAAAACAUUGCAAUUAUAAUCAUAAUGGCAGCGACCACAGUGUGUUUUUAUUUUGCAAAAAAGAAUGCAAUUAAGUGUCAUGUAAAACAAGAACUGGAAAUGACCAAUACCAAUGGUACAGAUGAAAAUGUUGUUUUAUUACACGAAGAAGGAACGUUAUGCACAAUGUGCAGACAACCUGUACCAUCGCGGACGUAUCAUUGUUAUGUGUGCAAGACAUGUGUACUACAUCAACAUGUACAUUCUUAUUGGAUAGACUGCUGUAUCGGCAAAUAUAACAGAAAACCGUAUAUUUCAGGACUUCUAUUGGGUACUGUUAUGUUUACAUUUUUGUCGAAUCUUAUUCUCACAACAUUAUGUCAUCCCUUCAAUGUUUUUGCGACAGUCAUGUUGCCAGAUGACUGCAGUGAUGUUUAUUUUGACAUAAUGUAUGGUAUAUGUUUUGUGACUGGGCUGUAUUGUUUUGUCGUCGCUGGUUUAUUGUUAUGUAUGUUUAUAAAUGAUGUGAUUUUAGUGUCGAUGGAUGUCACAAACCAUGAAUGGCAGGAGCGUUGCAAAGGAAUAGAUCGUCAAUUUUUUUGGUCCAGACAUAUUUUAAGAAAUGUAAUGUUUAAUUGGAAAACAUUCAUAAAUAGCGUAUGAAGUUAUUUUACGAAAAAUCAUAAAUACAUUUCAAUUAAAUAAUUGCAGUAAUUUUCAAAACUUUAUUUCAUAAAAAAAACUAUCUUAACAGAAAAUAGUAGUGAAUAUAAUAUCAAAAAUAACUUUGCCUUUAGGGGCAUUAUUAUAUUAUAAUCUAUAUUUAAACUUAGUUAUUGUUUACUUUUUAUGUUAAUGUAAAAUUUGAGUUAUUUUUCAUGUAUUAGUCUAAUAAACAUUUGGUCUUAAAUAUCGGGUGGAAUGAAAUCUGGUAAAAUUUCUUGCACCUUUUCAUGCCAUUUUCGUAGUCUGCCGUCUUUAAGUCUUUCCAUGUAGACAAUUUCUGGAUAUUUUCUCCAGUUAUUAAAACAAUGUCUCGUUAUGACUCUAAAAAAGUAACGAUUUAACAUAUUAGUCAUUGCAAACUUAUUAAUUGUUUAAAUACAGAGACCGGUACACAUUGUCAUUGUCUAAACACACUAAUGUUUAUAAUGAUAAUCUAGAUUUGUGUAGUUCUAAACAAAGUCCGUCACAGCACCGAUUAUAAUAAAACUAUCGAAUUAAUCUAUAUCAUGUUUGCCAUGAGGCUGGCUGUUUAAUAAUAAAACAACUUGUACAAUUUAUAAAUUAAAAUAUUAUUUUUUAUUUAUUAUCAAAAUUAUUGAUCGCUAUGAUAGGUUCAUACUUCAUAUGUCACGACGUAACCAUCAAUACUUUUAACAGGUCAAUUAGGAUAAGCUACAUUGUAUAUAGUUAAAAUAAUUGUUAAUGUUUAUUAGUGUAUUGUAAGAUGAUUUUAUUUUGUUGAUAUUAUAAUUUCAAUGGAAAAUA